AUGUUUGGUCGACAACCGUCGAAGAAGAGCAACAACACGCGUUACUAUGAGGUCCUCGGCGUACCUCAAGGCGCUUCGGCCGAUGAGUUGAAAAAGGCGUAUCGCAAGGCUGCGAUUAAGAAUCACCCCGACAAAGGCGGUGAUCCAGAGAAGUUCAAGGAACUGGCUCAAGCGUACGAGGUAUUGAGUGAUCCCGAAAAGCGCGAGAUCUACGACCAGUAUGGCGAGGACGCGCUGAAGGAGGGAGCCGGAGGGCCAAUGCACGAUCCCUUCGAUAUCUUCUCGUCCUUCUUCGGCUCUGGCGGCCAUCCCUUCGGCGGCGGCAGUUUCGGUUCCGGGCGGGGAAGCCGGAGGCAGCGGAGGGGAGAGGACGUGGUGCAUCCGCUCAAGGUCACCUUGGAGGACGUGUAUAAUGGCACCACGAAGAAGCUCUCGCUCUCGCGCAACGUGCUCUGCCCCAAGUGCAAAGGCAAGGGUUCCAAGUCCGGCGCGUCGAGCCAGUGCGCCAGCUGCCAGGGGUCGGGCAUGAAGAUCUCCAUCCGGCAGCUGGGUCCCAGCAUGAUCCAACAAAUGCAGCACGUGUGCCCCGAGUGCCGAGGAUCAGGUGAGGUUAUCUCUGAGAAGGACAAGUGCGGGCAGUGCAAGGGGCAGAAGGUGGCUCAGGAGAAGAAGCUUCUGGACGUGCACGUGGAGAAGGGCAUGCAGCACAACCAGAAGAUCACUUUCGCUGGAGAGGCUGAUGAAGCGCCGGAUACUGUUACUGGGGACAUUGUGUUCGUUCUGCAGCAGAAGGAGCACUCCGUUUUCAAGCGCAAGGGAGAUGACUUGUUCAUUGAGCACACCCUUACCCUCACUGAGGCUCUCUGUGGUUUCCAGUUCCCUCUCACACACCUUGAUGGCCGCCAGCUGCUCAUCAAAUCAGCACCCGGCGAAAUUAUUAAGCCAAAGGAGUUCAAGGCCAUCAAUGAUGAGGGUAUGCCUCAGCAUACACGCCCAUUCAUGAAGGGCCGUCUCUACAUCCAGUUCAAUGUAGAAUUUCCUGAUUCACUCACGCCUGAGCAAUGCGCUCAACUGGAGACAAUUCUGCCUCCUCGACCCGCACCUGCUAUGUCGGCCAUGGAGCUGGACAAUUGCGAGGAGACUACAAUGCAUGAUGUGAACAUGGAGGAGGAGAUGCGGAGGAAGGCUCAGGCUGCUCAGGAGGCUUAUGAAGAUGACGAGGAUGCAGGGCCCAGAGUGCAGUGUGCUCAGCAGUAG